UAUGCCGAGCGGGUGGGGGCCGGCGCGCCGGUGUACCUGGCGGCGGUGCUGGAGUACCUGACGGCCGAGAUCCUGGAGCUGGCGGGCAACGCGGCCCGCGACAACAAGAAGACGCGCAUCAUCCCGCGCCACCUGCAGCUGGCCAUCCGCAACGACGAGGAGCUCAACAAGCUCCUGGGCAAAGUCACCAUCGCGCAGGGCGGCGUCCUGCCCAACAUCCAGGCCGUGCUGCUGCCCAAGAAGACCGAGAGCCAUCACAAGGCCAAAUAAGGUUAGGAACGAU